AAAGUUCUUAUGAGGCGUCGCGAAGCAAGCCAGGCAUUUGCUAGUUUUACAUAAAAUGUAAAAAAUACCUUAUUUGUUUCGCAUCAAUCAAUGGAUCUUUGCACACUGAACUCAAACAUGGCUACGCCAUUUUCAUAUCUCGUCAGGUUUGGAAGUUAUAGAGCCUUUUUUGCGUAAUCUUAGGGCUCUUGAGGCUGAUCACAUUUUUAUGACCAAAUGAACCUAUAAAAGAGGAGCAGUCUUGCUUUGUGGGUCAAAGUUGAAAAAGAAGACGCACCCUAAUGUAUAUACAUAAAUACAUAUGUAUAAAAUUUAAGUAUUAAAAAUGCAUACAUACGUGCAUAUAUACAAAAAUACGUAUGUAUUAUCUAGAAGUGUAAAGUUGUUUUCCACGGUAAUUCCUAAGGUGCGUUUAUUUUCUCAAAACAUUUUAGGUAGCUGCAUUAGGUUUAGUUCCUGAUCGCCAUUUAGGCAAAUCGUUGCGGGAAAUACAACCACACCUACUCAAAAUGCGUGAUAAGUACGGUUUGAACGUUUGUGGAGAAGGAGGUGAAUAUGAAACAUUCACUUUAGACUGCCCUUUGUUUAAACAGCGGAUUGUGGUGGAAGAUGUUCAAACUAUAAUUAGCUCAGCAGAUCCCAUAUGUCCGGUAGGGUAUAUUAACUUCACCAAAUUAUCUAUGCAAUCGAAAGAGCCGACUCAGUGCUGUGAUGUGUUUGUAAAAAAAUCUUUAGACUACAUAAGUGACCUAAACGAAUCAACAUACAGUGACCUCAGCGAUCCAGAUCUCAGUGAAACUGAGUUAGAAUUGAUAGAGAAAGAGACACGGCUGCGCGAGUCUCUCAGUCAAAACGAACUGAUGAUAUCUCGCAGCAAUUCAUUUGGACGUCAUUUGACCACUUCAUCCUCGCCCAUACCUAUUGUGACGAAGAGCGCGAGUGUAGAUGAGCCUCCUACACCGUCGUCAUUGCUUUCAUCCUCAGCGGCGCUGUGCGCUGCAUCAUUACAGGCAGGGACCAACAGCUUUGGUGUACAACGCCCAUUGGGUAGUAGUACGGCUGCAGUGUGUGGCUCGCUAUCGCUGGUGACGUCCUCUACCUGUGCCACGGCUGGCAUCUCGACUGCACAGGCAACUCAGCCACCUAGUCCAAUGAAAAUUGAACGUGAGUUCCGUCCACUAAAAAAUCAACCAAUGGCUGCGUUUAAUCAAAAAGGUUGGAUGUGGGUCGCUGGUAUACAAGGCUGCGCUCAAACUUUGGAAGAGGGAAUGCAGUUGGCAAUGAAAUCCUUGGUUGACUUAGCUGCUCAGCACAAUUAUGAAUUAACUGAUUACUGUUACGUAACACUUUAUAUACGUUCAAUGGCAGAUUAUCCUUUACUCAAUCAUAUUUAUGGCCAAACAAUUAAUUUUCAAAAUCCACCAACUCGGGUAUGUGUUGAAUGUCCUCUGCCAGAGGAAUGCCACGUGAUACUGGAAGCGAUAGCAUUUCGUACACCCAUGCGACGCCGUCCGACAUUAUCUACAAACGAAAUAGAUGGUAACAAUGAUGAUCACAAUAAUAGCGGAGAUUCGACGUUUAAAACAAGGCAAACAAUGCAUGUGCAGGGUAUCUCCCAUUGGGCGCCAGCAAAUAUUGGAACCUACAGUCAAUCGACGAGGGUUGACGAGAUUACCUACAUUUCUGGUCAAAUAGCACUUGUUCCUGGAAGCAUGACAAUUAUCGAAGGUGGAAUUCGUCCACAGUGCAAACUGGCUUUGCGGCACAUUAGCCGAAUAGCGAAGGCGAUGAAUGCUCAGGGUCAACUACGAGAUGUAGUUCAUGGUAUUUGCUUCCUGACCCACCCAGCCUUUAUAGCUGAGGCACGUCGUCAGUGGGAGCGACGGACAACUAAUGCAAUAAUGGAUUAUAUUAUUGUACCUGCUUUGCCCCGUGAUGCAUUGGUGGAAUGGCAAGUGUGGGCACAUACCCACAAUGAUCGAUUCGAAUGUAAGCAUGGAUUUUUCUGGUCCAACCAACUUAAACUUUUCUUUUGCAACAUAUUGACUUUAGCAUAGGGCUGCCAUACGUCCCCGUUUCCAGGGACAUGUCCCUGUUUCGGACCCUUUGUCCCCGUGCCCCUGUUUACAACCAAAAUGUCCCUGUUUUGGGCGAAAAAAUGAAACUCAUGAUAACGCUGCGUUUGCAUAAGACAAUUUGGUUUAAUUUGAAUAAUUGUCAACUUUUUCUGACGUCUGGCGUCCAGAAAAUUAUAAAUACAAUACACUUUGCAGCAACCGCUGUACAGUGCUUAAUUUCGGCGAUUUAGGGGCAGGAAAAUCGAUAAUCGAAGUUGGUAAAAAAAAUCUAUCAAUUAUUUAAGAGGAAAGAUUCUAAUGAUAUCCGAUGAAUGUUAUGAGGAAGUAACUUAUUUAAAAUCGUUUAUUGAAAACUAUACAUUAACCCGCAUCCAUCGUUUGUAUCAAAUU